AUGGCCGCCUCUCCGUACUUCCGUCCUCCGGCUCCGUCUCCAUCUCGACCAUCAUUGUUCACCCGGGACCUCGUGGAGUAUAGCGACGCAGAGCCUGGAAACAACGUGAGGGCAACUAAAUGUUCAAGCUCAAUAGAUCAUGGUCAAGCUGUCGUAGGAGACCCUGAUGCUCUGGUGAGCGACGAAGGGCUGUUCAAGCGCCUGAGGCAAGUUCCUGCUCCUUUGUAUCGUGCAAGUGAUCGCACCGCGGCACCGCCAACGAUACCCUCAAGAGCUCGGCCGAUCCGAGAGGCACCCUGUGAUGAAGGCAGCCCGAGUACAACGCCAGGCGAAGAGGAACUUCUCCGUGAACACUUGCAGUCACAGGCAGAUCUUCACGAUAAACUUAUCGACUAUUCACAGCGCAAUAGAAAUAUCCUUGACGAAUUUCGGGAUACUGCCAGUACAGCGAAGCCCACACUUAUGGAGAAUUAUGGGACCACACGAAAAUUCGAACUUGAGGGAGAUCCAGAGCAACAAGAUCAGUUGACAACAUGGUUUGGAUGUCUCGAACCUGAGCACUGGAACCAGGAGCGAGAUAAGGCUAUUUCAAGCGUCAACGAGGCGAGUAUGACGCCGCAUACAAGGAAUUCGCUGGACGGAGAGAUAAAGAUCCUCGAGCCAAAGGAACGACGUCGUGAAGUCAUUCAAAAGUUCCAUUCAAAUGUGUACGACAAUCCUGCCCAGGUUAAUGGAAAUGGGCAACCUCGUGCAAAGCAAUCGUUCAUAAAGCUAAUGAAGGAAGCUAUUGACGGCGAGAAGGCAAAGAUGUCCACUCCUCCUGUAAGCAGCUCUAAGAUCCUUCCUCUUGGUGUUAAGUUCGCCGCCGCCGUCAACCCAACGAGUACCCAUGAUCAUCAUCUCCUCGAUUGUUCAAUCCAUAUCCCCAAUCCGCAGCUCCUCCCUAAUCUCACGGAGCGCACUCAACAAGCAGACCACUAUCAGCGCAGUAAAAAGAAAGCGGAUGGUAUUGAGGAUCUCGUCCGGGAGGCGGUAUUCGCAGUAGGGUCUGAUGUCGAUCUCCUGAUGUAUCCAGCUGUCAGUAUCUCUCUCUCUCUCUCUCUGUGUAUAACCAGUCUUCCAAUCUCCAGUCUUCCAGUCCCCCAGCUGGACGAAAAGGAAAGACCAACACCAAGACCAACACCAACACCAACACCAGCACCAGCACCAGCACCAGCACCAGCACCAAAACUAAAGCAACGAACAGAUCACAUCUAG